UAAUGUCUUGAAUAUCAAUGAUUACAAGCCAGUCACGUCAACUAGGACACAGAAGCUAAGGCCUCCAUUGGUCCAUUCCGCCUGAGUCACGCCUAUGUCGCCAUACGUCACGCCUAUAUCAGCAUACGUCACGAAGCCUACUGGUGUCUGUGUGUGGGAAGGUUUAUCAGCUAUCUGUUCACCACCCGUGCGAGCAGUGCGCGCGCACUUCAACAGGCUGUCCACGCCAUGGACGCCACCACCAACGACACCCUGCCGUUAGAGUGGGGGGCGGCGUUCAACUCCACCCCGGUGAACGACUCUGCCCUGCUGGGUGACUACUACGACAUCGAAGAGGUGAGUAUGGGAGUGAAGAUCGGGUCCACCGUCCUCCUGGUGGUGCUGAUCACAGGCGGGACCUUCGGGAACUGCCUCAUCAUCUCGGCGGUGUACACCACGCCGAGUCUCCGCACAGUCUCCAACAUCUUCAUCGUUAACCUGGCCGUGGCCGAUCUCAUGGUCUCCUCUAUCGUGGACACCUUCAAUAUCGUCGGGAUUUUAGAUCAGAGGUUCCUGCAGGACCACCCCGUGGUUUGUGAGGUUGUCGGUGUCAUCUGCAUGACCAGCUGUAUCUGCUCACUCUACAGCGUGUCCAACAUCAGCAUCAACCGGCUAUUGUUCGUGGUGAAGCCCCACUGGCACUCCAGCGUCUACACCAAGCCGAAGACCCUGAUGAUCGUGGCUGUGUCGUGGUUUUACAGUUUCCUGUUCGACCUGCCGCUGCUCCUGGGCUGGGGACGGCACUCGUACGACAUCAAGACCAUGGGCUGUACCUACGACCGGACCCACACCUUCAGCUAUACCUUGUUCCUGGUGAUCGCCGGCAUCUCCCUCCCCCUGGCGGUGGUGGUGUGCUCCUACAGUAAGAUCUUCUACCACGUGCACCAGAGCAAGGUCCGCGUGGCCGUGCACCUGGCCAACCCCAAAGGGAACAUGAACAACAAUGUGAACUAUGAAGAGAUCCGCCUGAUUAAGACCCUGGUGGCUGUGUGUGUGAUGUUCUACAUAUGCUGGCUCCCCUACGCUGUAGUGGUCCUGGCCGACUUCGAUGACCACUGGCCACGGGCUGUUCACUUCAUGGCCACAAUAAUGGCACACGGCUCCUCCAGCGUCAACUGCCUUGUCUACGGCUUCAUGAACAAGAAGUUCAAAACUGCCUUCCGCAAACUGUUGGGGAUGAAGACACAGCCCAACAAUGCUGAAUCAAAAAAGAAGGACACCCUGCCUCUACCCCCCAUACAGGAGGUCCCAGGACCCCCCUCCUUCUGCCUCCAACAAUCCACCAACACCUCCAGCAGGCUGUAGACUGGCACAUUCUAAAGGAUUUCAGUUAUGUUACAAUUUUAAGACCAUAUAUCCGUGCACAAAAUAAAGCGCUU